AUGUUUUUGCUUGCUGAAGCAAGCAAGGCAGUUGUGGAUUUUCUCUUCACUCUUAUGUCCUUGCAUGUUGCAACCGUGACUAGGCUCCUCCUCUCUAAUGGUGGCAUGGUUGGUUGCUUAGGCAAACUUUACGAGAGUCUCGAAAAUCUCAGUGACACAUACAUGCAACCCAAUCUUAACAAAGACUCCCUGCUGAAACCCCAAGACAACAAUAAAUAG